CAACCACCAUGAGCAAGGCUGUUGGAAGUAAGGAGCUCGCAGAACUCUUCAGUCUGAUCCCGGACCUUCUGCAGGCGGCCAACGCGAGUGGCAACGCGUCGCUUCAGCUUCAGGACUUGUGGUGGGAGCUGGGGCUGGAGUUGCCCGAUGGCGCCGCGCCAGGGCAUCCCCCGGGGAGCAGCGGGGCGGAGAGCUCGGACACAGAGGCCCGGGUGCGCAUUCUCAUCAGCGCGGUGUACUGGGUGGUUUGCGCGCUGGGGCUUGCGGGCAACCUGCUUGUGCUCUACCUGAUGAAGAGCAAACAAGGCUGGCGCAAGUCCUCCAUCAACCUCUUUGUCACCAACCUGGCUCUGACGGACUUUCAGUUUGUGCUCACUCUGCCCUUCUGGGCGGUGGAGAACGCGCUUGACUUCAAAUGGCCUUUCGGCAAAGCCAUGUGCAAGAUCGUGUCCAUAGUGACGUCCAUGAACAUGUACGCCAGCGUCUUCUUCCUCACCGCCAUGAGUGUGGCGCGCUACCACUCGGUGGCCUCAGCUCUUAAGAGCCACCGGACCCGAGGGCACGGCCGUGGGGACUGCUGCUGCCAGAGGUUGGAAGACAGCUGCUGCUUCUCCGCCAAAGCAAUCUGUGUAUUGAUCUGGGCUUUGGCCGCGCUAGGCUCGCUGCCCAAUGCCAUUUUUUCCACCACCAUCAAGGUGAUGGGCGAGGAGCUGUGCCUGGUGCGAUUUCCGGACAAGCUGCUGGGUGGUGACAGGCAGUUCUGGCUGGGCCUGUACCACUCGCAGAAGGUGCUGAUAGGCUUCCUGCUGCCUCUGGGCAUCAUCAGCCUGUGCUACCUGCUGCUGGUGCGCUUCAUCUCUGACCGCCGCGUGGUGGGGACUGAAGCAGCCGCUGGCGGAGGCCUGACGGGAGCCAGCGCUCGGAGACGGUCCAAGGUCACUAAAUCAGUGACCAUCGUGGUCUUAUCCUUUUUCCUGUGUUGGCUGCCGAACCAGGCCCUCACCACCUGGAGCAUCCUCAUCAAGUUCAACGCGGUGCCCUUCAGCCAGGAGUACUUUUUGUGCCAGGUGUACGUGUUCCCCGUGAGCGUGUGCCUGGCGCACUCCAACAGCUGCCUCAACCCCAUCCUCUACUGUCUCGUGCGCCGCGAAUUCCGCAAGGCGCUCAAGAACCUGCUGUGGCGGCUCGCAUCGCCCUCGCUUACCAACAUGCGUCCUUUCACCGCCACCACCAAGCCGGAGCCAGAAGAUCACCGGCUGCAGGCGCUGGCCCCGCUCCGUUCAGGCACAGAGCCUGACCUGCUCUACUACCCGCCGGGGGUGGUGGUGUACAGUGGGGGGCGCUAUGACCUGCUCCCCAGCAGCUCAGCCUACUGAUAGAAAGCAAGACUCAGGGUAUGCAGCAGAACAAAGCCACCGCCCCCCUCCUCCAGGGCAGGGAAAAAGGAGAGUGGACAACUGGAGACUGAGGGGCCCCACUUUAAGAAGUAGAAGAGGAUGGGGAGAAGGUAGAGGAGCGACCUGUGUGCAGCCUGGAGGGCCUUCUCUGGAGAAGAAAGCCUGCAAAAUCGGGCAAAGAGAAGAAGCUGGCAAAGGAGUGAAAGUCACACCCACAGGACCUGGCCACUAACCCUGGCUCUCCACCGAAUCCCACCCCUGUGUCCUUUCCUUAGGGUAUCUACCAACCCUGGCCAGGGCCGGAACUCCCAGAAACAGAGAGAGGCAUCAGAAAAGUAGAGAAAUUGGGGCCCAGGGAUUGGGGCCCAGACAAAUGAUGCAGAGAUAACUGAGCAUUUAUUCCGGGGAUAUUCAUGCAGCUCUUGCUAGGCCUUCAAGCUGUGUCCAAAAAGAAAAGCUGCCCCCAAAAUACAGACCUUUGUUCCUUGGCCUGUAAGACUGUCUUGGGGAGCAAAGGUCUAAGCUGCUGCCCUGAGAGUGAGUUUGGAGGGAAGAACCGUUUUCAGAGUUGGGAGAAAGCAUUGACCAUGUUGGUCUGUCCUAGGAGAAAUGACAAAGGAGAGGCACCUCCAGCGGAGGCAAGGUAUCAUCUGUGUUUCCAAUGGGGCAAGUGGGCAGAAGCCAAGCUUGACUGUAGGCUUGCAGUCUCUGAGUGCAGAUGUUACCAGGGGCAAAACGUCUGUCCCAAGUGAGAGAGAGAUUCAUUUGGGAGUGGCCUUAAUGCAGGACAAGGCAGUGUAGCUAGAGAGGCUGAGUACAAAAAUGUCUUCAGGCCAUUGCCCUUAAAGGGACUCUGGUGCCCACUUGGGAACUGAGCAGGAUGUGCAGCAGCAGCACAGAACAAGCAGUCUGGGUCCCUUUGGUUCAUAUACUGUAGGUGAGCAGGACUCAGGAGCAUCUUGAAAAGCUCUCCAGGGAGCAAGAGCACAUCUGCAGCCCCUCAUCUUCAUUGUUUGGAAAUUAGGAUGCUCCUGUGAUUCAGCCUCUGCGCCACAGAAUAGAAGGAUGCUCUGUGAGGUUUGGGCUAAGCUUAAAAGAGUAAGCGAUGCUGUAGAAAUAUGCAGUGACUUUCUGCAGACUGGAUUCCUGCAAGCAGGGGUCUGUUCUUUCAAGAGGUGUGAAAUGUGAAAAAGAAUGGAAGACAUCCUAAAAUCAUCCCAAAGCAAGGAGACUGCUGGAGAAGCUGUUCUGAGAGGAUCACAGGAAUUUCAGGUGUGAGGUUCCUUAUUGCUCAUAGUAUUUGACAAGAGCAGGUAAGAAAUGAGAACUCCCACAGAAUAGUUAACCAAAUUCCUUUUAUUUUAAAGAACGCUUUGCACAUGGCAUAUGCAUGUUGAAUUCUUCCCUAACUUCCACACAGUCAGUGGGGUCUCUGAAAAGUAACUCGCAUUUCUCAUGACAAAUCUGUCCGUGUAGCAGCUUAAGAUGUUAAGAUCCUCACAAAGUCCUUUCUUGAAGCUGUUCUGAGAACUGAGAUCAAACAUCACCCCACCCAUCUACCUGCCAGGAUUGGUAGAGGUGCUACUGUUUUCUUUGGCUGUUUGGUUGUGGGGAGGGGGUCAAGAAACUGGUGAUGCAGGCACCUCCAAGUGUGGUCAUUUUAAUACAAUAAAUAAUCAUUAGAAAAA